AUGAUUAUGCUGGUGUCUCACAUGAACUCGAUCUUGUCGAGGAUCUAUCUUUUGUUGUCGGACUCGUCAGAUCUGUGCUGCGUCCCUGGCUCUCCGUUCGAGAAGUGUGAAGCAGAUUUGAGCUCUGUUCGCCUUGCUGAUGGUUCUAGGCGUGAAGUGUCCGCCGUCGUGGAAACCAUCCUUGGAUUGUUCCCGCAUGAUUGUGCUGAUCCUCUUGUCCUGGGCGGGGUUCGUAUCCGACUCCGUGUUUUGGUUGUGAAAUCUUUCUGGAGAGGUUCUUCUACUUGGUGUGUACUUGCGGGUCGAAAUCUACUGUCCUACUGGCAACUCGAGAUUCGUGGUUCGUCUUAUGCUGCCGUUCGUGGGGUCUGCGUAUAUCAGAACGCUGUGAGAGAUCCUUCCUACCCGUCGAGUGACGACCUGAGUAUCUUGCAAGUGCUUCCUGAAGGCAGUGAACCUCCUGAUUUGAACCUACCUGGUGUUCGUGUACAGCCCUCUUGUGACGAUUCUGUUGAUCUUGGCUUCCCUAUCCCGUUGGGUACCAAGACUAUUAGCCGUGUGAUGGACGUUCUGAAUGCCCUUUGUGACGAGGGAUGGGCUCCUCUGUUGAAAUGUCCUGGCGAUCGUCUCUCCGUUCGAUUACGUGAGCUGUUACCAGUUGAGGUUCGUGACACUCUCCAACAAUGUUACACAUUUGAAAUCAAGUUUGCUGGUUUUGAAAGUGGUUCCGUGCGCGAAACGCGGAACUAUGCUGGUGCUCUGUACGAUCGUUUAUCCGCUGAAAAUCGAAAAGCGUACUUUGAUCUUAUCGAGGACUACGUGAAACGUUCUUGGUGGGUUCGAGCUCCGUCGGUAGUACCGACUAUUUCUUCCAUGUCUCCAGUCAUACCUGUGUUCAUAGUCGGUCCUUCGAUGAACAGGAAGCCACGGUUGGUGUUGGACUGCCGAGAACUGAAUCGCGGUCUCCCUAAGGCCAGUAGUGAGGCGCCUGAUGCCUUUGUAGUUAUAGGCUGUCUGCGGUGGCAGUCCCCACCAGUGAUGGCGACUGUCGAUGCUAAGCAAGCCUUCUAUCGGGUUCGGUUGGAGAAUUUAAUUCUACAGCUAGGUGCUGCUACUUCCACGUAUUGGAGUUCGCGUAUGUGUUUUGGUCUGGUCUUUGGUCCCUGUGGUCUCUUGAGCUCGUUCGGCAAGCUGGUUGCAGCCAUAUCUUGUCUUUUCAUGGUAUGUCUCUGGAGCUUGUUUGUCGACGACUUCGUCAUCGGCGGUAGUUCUGAUGCUGUUAUUAAUAAUGUGAAGGUUUUGCUCUUCGCCAUGUUUACGUGUGGCUUUGGCGUCCAGCUUGCAAAGCUCCGGUUCAUUUGUUGUGCUUCUGUGCGUGACGCCGUGACUUGGCUCCUGUCUUCUCUCGGUGUUCCUAUCUCUGAGAAGCUUCCCGUGCUCGGAGUUAACUUCUAUUAUAUUGAUGAUAACUUGGUUCUGUCGUGUGAUAGAUCGUCUCGACUCCAAUCGGUGCGUGACUUUGUGGUUUCUGAUACCUCGUUCGAGACUUCCAAGUCUGAGAUUUACUCCAUCUGUGGAAAAAUCGGUUUUGAUCCCGCAAAGUGUCACCCUGAUUGCCGAGCAGCUGCUGAUGCUAUGCGUGCUUUGAUUGGUAAAGCUUUCAACAAAGAGCCCUGGUCUGAGAGAAUUAACCUUGUUACCUCAAUGACUACAGCUCAGUUCGCGGUUUUCACUGCUCUUCUGACGUGGAUGCGUGAACUCACUGAUAAUUGUGAUUGUUCUCAUACUUCUCCCUGUUCGUCGUCAUCUGAGCCGAUCUCUGCUCUAACAUUGGCGUGCGAUGCUUCCCGAUCGGGCGGAGGAUUUUUGAUUGUGUCUUCCACCGAGGGGGGCGGAGAUAAGAGCGAUGAUUUCGAUAUAUCUUCUAGCCCUGUGAUCUGUAGUGAAGCGUUUCGUUGGUCUAAACGCCAGCGUCUGUACCACUCAAAUAGGAGAGAAUUGAUGACUCUUCUGUUGGGUCUGCGAACUUUGAGUAAACUCCUGGCUCACCACGUUGAGCACUGUGUCUGUCGUGAGCCUUUAUCGAUUUCGGUUCGCUCGGACAAUCGUGCUUGUAUAGCUUGGUCAGCACAAGACGCCUCUAGUUUGUUCAUGCGGAGUAAGGCCGUUGAGAAGCGCGCUAUUGGCCGUCUUAUCCUCGCUAUUGCGGAUGAGAUCAAGUUUUUGAGGCGCCAUGCUUCAGUUUCCGUUCUGCAUGUUGAGGGUUCGCUGAAUCUUGAGGCGGAUCGCCUGUCACGUUUGUUCGAUCGUCCAAUUGGCAAUGGUCUAUCACUGGCGGACGCGCUAGCAGGCGACGUUGAGUCUGAAGAGAUUUUCUGGCCUACGGAUGAUGAUGAAGAAACCAAGGACUUGUUAUGCAUUUUGAUCGACGACUUCAGCGAUGACUCUGCAAGGUCGGCUUUGGACCGUUCGCGGUUGUUCUCUGAGUUGGAGCUCGAGAAUGUGGCCUCUGAUCUCGGUGCUGACUUGAUCGCUCUUUUUCCUUCUGAAGUAUCUUCUUCAUCUUUCGCUGACCAGAUAUCUCAUCAGUGCUAUGACUUGUCCCAAGUAUUUCAUACCGUUAAGGCUCUUAGAUUUAUCUUGAGAGUACUGAAGGCCAACUGUAAAGGACGUGAGGCUUUGGAGGAACUCGAGUAUCCAAGUCUUCCUAAUGACCGUGAUAUUCGCGCUUUGGUUCAUUCCGCACAACAGUCCGAUGACAUCUGUUCGAGACUAAUUCGAGAGAGCCCCACUCCUUCUGGUCCCUAUGUUCAGGACAACAAUCUGGUAGUCUUCCGGUCUGGUACUCCGUUUGGAUUCGAGCUGCGACAGUUCGUGAUACCUAAGUCUUCUGUCGCUCUUCGUGAGAAAAUUUUGCUCGAAGCUCAUCGUCGUUGUGGACAUCAAGGUCUGCGACCAUCUCUGUCUUACGUUGAGGACUUCCAUUUGCCUUCGGGCACGAGUCAGAUGAGAGAUCUUCUUCGCUUAUGCGUUGUCUGUCGAACGUUGAGAGCUCGUCGUUAUUGGAAUGCUCUUCCUUCCGUUCGUACCGACGUUGUAGAAUUGAACACGAAGUGUCCGUAUUAUAAGGUCGCUAUUGAUUAUUAUGCUGUCGGCGACAAGAUUAAAUUGUUGUCUGCUAUGUGUUGCUUCUCGAAGCACAUCUCCUUCUUUCGAGUGGAAUCGGAGACUUCGGAAGAAGCUCUAAGAGUGUUGAAGAUUCUCCAACUCCGCACAGGGGGUGUUCGUAUCAUUCGUAGCGAUCGAGCGUCGUAUUUCCGUUCUGUGUCGAACUUCAUCGAUCGCGCUGCUACUUUGUUGAAUGCAUCCGUGGAGCUUACAUCUAGUCGUUCGCCAUGGGAGCUCGGUUCUGAAAAGCUGCAUGAUAUCGCAGGAGAUCGCUUGAGAGUUCUCUUGUGGAGUUCUGCUGGCCGAUGGCCUGAUGAUUCCGUUCGUGAGCAACAACUUCUCGAGGAGCUCAUGCUUCUGAUGAAUACGAGACCAUUGGGUACUUAUUAUGUGAGCGAGAACGGCUCGGACGUGAUCACCCCUGAUGCUUUAUGUUAUGGUCGUACUCGUCGACUCGGUUGUCUGUAUUCCGGUUCGACUAUGGACGAUGCUGAGUUUGCUACUAACUUCGCGCCAUACCGCGUCAAAGCGUUCCGCAACGCCUUUGUGUCUUGGCUCUGGAGUGAGUUAAAGAAGCACUCGUGCUCUUCGGUUCGCGCUAAGUCCCACGGUGUCACCCCCGCUGAGUUCGCUCCUGGCGAUGCCGUACUAGUCUACAUGUGUGGUAGAAAACUUGGUAUGUCCUUUCGUCUUGGUCAUGUUAUCGAACUGGUAUCUGGCCGUCGAGUCCGAGUUCGAUUCCCUUCCGGUUUGAUCACCCUGGAGAAUCUGUAUAACAUCGUUCUUUUGCGAGCGCACUCUCACAUUAGCCCCGAGCAGUCUAAUGUUAGUCGAGUUGGUAUGCCUAUUGUGCUGGGCUCUGGUUCGUGUGAGCGUGAAGCCGAGAUUUGCUUUGAUCCCUGUAACUAUUCAGGUGAGGUUUGGGUCAAGCUCACGAACGGUGAUGCGCCUGAGAUUGUUGACCUGUCCUCUGCUGUGUGGCGACCCGGGUCGCUCUCAUCGACCGACUCGGAUCACCAAGGGGGGCGUGAUAGUACUAAAGACAACUGUGAUACUACUCUUCCGAGCUUAGUUGGUAUGCGUCUCAGUGUACUAUAUGAUGUAAUCAUUCCCGGUCGUAAACGACCGCAAAAGCGUUAUUAUAGGGGUACGGUUGUUGCUGUUCGUGCCUCCGGUGAUGUUGAUAUCGAGUGGGAUGAUAUCCAUAGUGAAAUUUCUACUCUUGACUUAUCCUCGGCUACUUAUCACAUCGUGCGCUGA